UAUUUUACCUUGGCUUAAAUUUUGGAAAAGCCUAUAUUUUUAUAUUCAAAUCGGUGAAGAAAGAUAUGGAAAAGAUUAAUUUUAGCAAAAUGCUGAUACUCUCCACGCUGGGAAUAUGUGGAGGAGUCAUAAUAGUUUUGGUAGCCAUAACAAAAGUUUUAAAAUCAUUUACCAGUCAAAAAUUCUUAAACAAUAAAAAGGAAAAAUCUCAUAGAUAUCUAAAAAUGAAAGGUUUGCAAAAGGCGAAUUUAUUGAUUCCAGAUCAAAAUCAACGAUGGGUUCCCGUUAUAAGGCCAAUUUCACCUACUAAUAAUUCCUCCAUCAGGACAUCUUAUAUUAACCCUCCAGACAAAAUGUGCGGUUUAGCUUUCAAUAACUACUAUUGUCUCAAACACAAAUACAAAUGUGAAAUAAAUGAUGAAAUUAAUGAUAAAAGGGAUUGCCUUAUGAAUUUCUUUACUUCUACCAAUAAUCCAAAAAAUCUUUGUUAUUCAUGUCAGUUCAUUCAUUCGAAUCCUUUUAAUGAGGGUGGUGUAAUAUGUUCUUCUGAAACAAAUUCAUUAUCAUUCAUUACUUACGAUAUUCAGAGGGGCAAAACGAUUUCCAAAUUAGGACGCAAACAUCCAUCAGACAAAAAUAAUUUACAAAUUUCUUUAUCUACGAAUGACUUAUCAUCCAUGUCAAAUUCUUAUAAAAUUUCCUCACUGAUUAAUAUUUCAUCAGUAACCAAUGAUAAAUGUUUCAAUUAUGAAAACGAUAAUUAUUGUUCUCAAACAAAUUUUAACUCUGUCGAUGAUAUUUUUAAAAAUGGUGGUUCGUCAAAUCAAAUGGUGACUUGUUUGCCUUCCUAUGAAAUAUGGAUUCAAAAAAAUGUAUAUAAAGAUAUAUCAUUAAAACACCCUUAUAAAGUAAAAAAGAAUAAUUCGAUCUUGAAAAAAUUUAUUCCCAAGAACGAUUUUGGCACGUCUAAACUAAUUAUUCCAACCCCUCGUAUAUCUCUUCCCUCUAUUAAAUUUGGUAACUUCAAGAUUGACCAACACAACAAUGCAAAUCAUGACAAUCCUUUGAGUAAUAAAUGCAAAAACCACUUUAAAAACGGUCAGCUGGUUAUGCCACUCAAACAUUUAAACGGGGUCGAAAAUAACUACCCCUACAAUUUUGAUAGUAAUCAAGAAUGGGAUAUUUGUAAAAACCGUAUUAAUCCUUAUGUCAAUAAUUUCAUAAAAAUCAUCAAUGCUACUAAUAAUCGCCCUGUCGACAACAAGAAAUUCGAGUGCCAAUCUAAAUUAAGUACCAAAUAUUUAAAAUAUAAACCUUUAACUAAAAAAUCUAUUUUACAAAUACAAACAUCAAAUGACAAAAAGAAUACAAAGCAUAGGUUUGGCGAAAAAAUAAAUGGGUCCAAUAAUAUUUCUAAAUCAUUUCAUGCUAUUCGUGAAAGAAAUGUCGCUUCAAAUAUAUCACAAGUAUUGAACAGUUGUUCAAAUUUAACACAACCAAACUUUAUAAAUGAUAUUAGUGUUGACAAUAUUCUUGAUAGCAAAGUUAGCCCAGAACCAACUUUUUUACAUUUUGCUAUCAAAUAUCACCAAAUAAAUAAAGUGAUUGUUGUAAAUAUGAAACAGCUUGUGUCAGAAGGCGAUAUUUUUUUGACUUUUAAAAAUAGAAAAGAUAACAAUAUUAAUAAUUGUAUGAUUGAUAGUGGCAUAUGCAUUAACAAAGAUUCUUUGGCAUUAAAAAAUAAAGCUACUAUGGAUCUAUCAAACAUAAAUAAGUUACUAGUUAGCAUUGAACUGGAACUCCUACCAGAAAGAAAGAGAAUUCUACGGACUCGUAAUUUGAUUAUCCACAAAGUUACCAAUGUUGGUAAAAAAUUAAUUAGUAACCCAAUAAAUUUAAUAUUCGAUGAAAAAUUUGAAUUUUUUGACGAUUUAACCUUAGCUCAAUUAGUUGACACGAGUAUUCAAUUUAAAGUUAACGUUAGUCCCUACGAUAGUCUGGAGCCUUUUAUAUAUGACAAUCUAAGGAAUACAUUUAUUUGGGGUAAACUAGUUGUUAAUCUUAAUGAGAUUUUUCACGAAAUUGUUGACAAAGAAAUUCAUGUGUAUAGAGAGUUGAGAUAUGUUGACCAUUAUUCUAUAGCCAUAAAUUCUUUUGUUCAAUAUGACGAUCAUUUAAUUCUAGAGCAAGAGAGAUGUAUUCAAAAUCACCGAGGCGACAUUUUACUAUCCUUAUGUUAUUCUCGAUCUACUCAAACUUUAAAUUUGAUUAUUCUAAGAGCCAGAAAUCUAUAUAAAUCUGAAAGCAAGCAAUGUAUAGACCCAUAUGUAAAGAUUUUUCUAAAAGAUAGCGAUGCAAAUAAAAUCUUAAAUAAAUAUUCAACUCGUAUUAGACUUAAUACUUAUGACCCAGUCUUCAACGAAACCGUAAAAUUUGGAUCGCAUUUAUUUAAUGGCGCACAAAAGCAUGAUAAGAGUUUGAAGAGUAUUUAUGGCCAUUUUUCUAUGGAUAUAAUAGUUAAUGAUAGCAAUCAAUCCAUUUUAGCACCUAAUUACAAAAAUAUCUUCAAAAAACGGCCUUCAAAAUUAAUAGGCCGAAUCCUUAUUGAAUCAAAUCCUUCUUCCCAAGAUCAAACUUCAGAUACUACGCAUUGGAUCGAAUCUUGGAAUAAUCCUGAUAAGAUUAUAACAAAAUGGCAUACCCUGAUGAUAUAAGAGAGUACGAACCAGCCAGUGAUCGAUUUAUAUUAUGAUGCUUAAAAUUAAAAUUAGUCAUAAAUAUAUUAUUAUAUUUAUUUGUGUCGAUAUAGAAAAUAGCCAACGUGUAUAUUUUUAAGAGAAAUAUUAAUU